AUGCGGCUCGCACUGCUGCUGCUGAUGGGUGCUGCCGUCGCAUCAGCCCAGAACAAGAUGGGUCUGUGGUCGCCCCUGUACUACAAGCUCAACCCCAGCCGCGACGACGAGUAUGCCAAGUUUAUUGACAGCGUCUCUAGCAACAAGUGCCUGGCGCGCAGCUUCCAGGGCGCGAUCCUCACGGGCCCGACCUCGCGCCCGCCGCCGCUCAAAAACGUCCUCAGCCCCGGCCAGGACGCGCGCUCUGACGAGUACCAGCGGCGGUUCGACUAUCUUUACAAGGCCGGCGACUGGCAGCCCUUUGGCUACAUCUACACUGACUACGGCCGCCGCCCCCUGGACGCGGUCCUGGAGGACGUCGACCGCUGGUGCGACGCGAUCAACGGCUACCGUAGGUCGGUGCGCGGCGUUUUCAUCGACCAGGUCGCGGAGGACCUCACCUGCGCCCCCAAGGACAAGGUGUGCCUCAAGGACUACUAUCAGAAGGUCGUCGACGCCAUCCGCAGCAAGUGCAGCGUCCUCGGGGUUGGUGACGCGAUGAUCAUGCUCAACCCGGGCCGCAGCUUCAACGAGUGCAAGUUCAUGGCCGACAACAAGAUCGGCUUUGUCAACGGUUGGGAGGAUACCUAUGACACCUACCAGAAGUUCUCCGCCGCCAAGAUGAUCGACUGCCCCUGCAAGGACAAGGGCGUGCGCUGCGUCGCAUCGAUCCACUCCGUGCCGGAGGACAUCUCCCAGAAACAGGUCGAGGCCGUCAUGACCGACAUGGCCGCCAACGGGUUCAGCGCCAUCUUCCUGACAGAGAACAAGCGGCCGAAGCAGUACGAGACUGUCCCUAAGAUCUGGCCGCUCACAGCCCAGGCCGCCUGCAACGUGGACGCCUACGUCCCGAAAAAGCGCCACAUGACGCGCCGCCUCAUGAAGGCCUGA